CGGGAAAAUCGCCGUUAGGGUUUGCUUUAACUCUUCAUCUCCUCUCUCUCUGGCGAUUGUGGAACCAAUCAAGCAUGAGGACGAGGACGGUGAAGCGAGAAUCGGAAGCAACCGGAGAAGGCAGUGCUAGCAGAGGAGACGCCGGCGAGUCGUCUCGGUUUAGGUCUGUGAAGAGGGAGAAGAAUAAGGGAGUAGCUUCCUCCGUUCAAAUCGACGAGCCGCCGAGUCAGGAAGAAGGAGAGGAACAGGGAGUAUCUGAUCGGAGGGUUCUCAGAUCUCAGUAUCUCGCUCUUAUCAACAAAAUCAGCGAUUCUAAAGAUGAUUUGACGAAUGUUGAUUCUGACAAAUUCACCAGAAUUUUCAAUGAAUUUGAGAACUUGCACCAGAAAGUUCAGAAGCCAAGGGAGCAGAUUGCAGAUGCAGAGGCGUUUCUGGAUAUAGCAAACACCAUGUUGUCAUCGGUCAAGUCUCAGUCUGCUAAUGGGGUUUCUCCCGCUGAGUUUGUUAAUGCUUUGGUCAAUGGGUUUGGUCAGCCUUCUCAAAGGAUUGAUUCUGAUGAAACUGCUGCCCCUGUAUCUGUUAAAUGGAAGGAUCUUGGGCUUGCUGUCUGUUCUACUGUUUUUGUAUCUUGUGGUUGUUCCACGAUGUUGGGACCUAUGGACACUGAAUUGAAGGAAAGGAAAAGGGCAGUCUACAGAAAACGUACAAAGCCUGGUGAAGGCGUUCGUCCGGAUGAGGUAGAUGAUUCACAAUCAGAAGAGAAAACUGAUACGGACAAGAACAUGGCGAUAAUGUUUAACAUCUUACGCCAGAAGAAGCGUGUGAGGCUUGAGAAUUUGGUGCUCAACAGAAGAUCAUUUGCACAGACUGUUGAGAAUUUGUUCGCUCUAUCUUUCUUGUCCAAAGAUGGACGAGUAGAGAUCAUUGUUGACAAGAAUGGCUCACAUUUUGCCUUGCCGAGAAACGCACCUGCUGCGAACCUGGUGGCGUCAGGGGAAGUCACUUACAACCACUUUGUGUUUAGAUUUGAUUUCAAAGACUGGAAGAUGAUGUCUGAAAUGGUGCCUAUGGGCGAAGAGCUAAUGCCACACAGGGAAACUGCGGUCGCUUCAUCUUCUUGUCCCCCUGCACCAGGAGAUAUCCCACAGGAUUCUCAGACAACACCGAUAAGAAAACUCUCGAGAAACAGAGGUUUGGUUGUACAAGAGGACACUGUUGUAGAAGAUUCUCCUGACGUUGAGGGUGAUGGAACUCGAAGGAGGUGUAAGCGGAAACUCACUUGAGAAGAUGAGUCUCAUUGUAGGGAGUAUAUAGAGUAGUGAUUUAAGAAAAACUCAUUUUGCUGUUUGAUUUUGUGACAUUUAACUUAAUGUCUUCUUUAGGAUUUGUUUUGUUCAUCGUAGGUUCUUACCAGUUAAGUGGCUUUCGUUGACUCUCAGAAGGUGUUCCUUCUUUUAUUUGAUGAUUAAGAGAGA